AUGGAAUUAGAGUCCCUGAAGAGGCAACUUUCGUACCUUGAGAAUGCAAACGUAGAAGUUAAAAAACUCGUGACAGACAGACACGUGCAAGUAUCUGCGUAUAUGGCAAGUGAAAAGUCAAGUAUAGAGCACAAUUACGAUGUGUGGCAUGUUGCAAAGGGUAAGAAGCCUAGUUGUCAAGUAUUUAUAAUACGUAAAUCGUGAAGAUCCAUGGUAAAUAUUUAAGAAUACAACAUUCUUAGUAAGAAUAACUAUAUUAUUUGUGUAAUAUAGGUGUGAAGAAAAAGCUUUUGAAAGCCUCAAAGACAAAGAAAUUUAAAGAAAUAAAGCUAUGGAUUGGGGUAGGCAAAUAAGAUCAGCAUAAAUAAAUUGUCAAGUAUGAUCUAAAACGACAGCUAUAAUGUUACAUAUAUAGUUCCCAAAUGCCUCUCUAAUAAAUGCUUUUUGAUAUAAGCACUUCUCCUUUUCAAUGAAAACGCUUGACAGGUUUAAAUCUACCUUUCUCAUUUGUUUUGCAAUUGAGUUUUAUUGUAAUAAGAUUGACAACCCUCCCUCUCUAACAAACACCUCAAAAAGAAUUGGCAAUAAAAAUUCACUUAACUAUUUUCAGUCAAUCGUUAACCACGUUUACUGGGUGGCAAUUUCAACCACAAACGAAAAAGAGAGGGAAGAAAAAUGGAGAAGCCUUUUAAAUCACAUCAUGGACGUGCAUGUUCAUGAAGAAAACAAGAUCUUCCAGAGAUGUACCCAUGGAGAAUUAGAUAGAGCAUGGAUUAAAGCAGGUUACAUAGUUUUCCACACAUCUUGAAUAUAAUAACUUUUUCGAAAGUUUAAAAUAUCAUUUAUUUUAUACAGGGUCAGCUGCACACAAGAAACUUAAAGAAAUCCUUACAAAACCUCGACUAAUUUCCGCCAUUCGGAAACUAUCAAAUCUUCACCAGACUUCAUCCCUCGAGUCAAAGCAUUCUUUAGAUAAUCAGUUCGCCUCAAAGAAUGUCUACUAUCCAUACCAUUCACUUAUGGCCAGGUAAGUACAAGUCACAUUUUAGAAUUCUAUUUCAAAUUUGCAAUGCAGGUAAAAACCCUCACCCAAAUUUGACUCCAUGUUUCUUGUUCACCUGCAUAUUUGAGAACUAAGUUAAAUCAAAUCCAAUUUAGUUAAUUAGUUUUUCGUUAUGUGUUUCCACUUGCCAAAUAAAUUUCCUUCCAGAUUAUUAAAAAAUUCCUUUAGUUAAUUAGUCCACAAAAUGUCCUUUAGGUGGAAACAUUUUAAAUGUUCUUUAAGCUGUCUCGUCCCCAGUCGCUUUAUUGAAUUUAGGGUUUAUUGAAUUCAGGGGGGGGGGAGUUGAGUGCACUGAUCUAUAUAUGCCACUGAUAAGUUAUGUUAUAAGGGCCUGCGGAGGAGGCAGUCCUUUAAGUGGAAACAACAAAAAGUUUAUGGUCAGGAAUUUCGGCAGCCAAAAGCUAGAUAUGGUCGGGAAACCGGAAACCAACAAUUUUUUUUGGCCUUAUUAUAAGUCAGGUAAUUGCAGGAGUGCCAGUUGGCAAUCAAAGAAUAAGAAAAUGUUUAGAAGAAAAGCAAAAGUCAAAUUUUGAAUACUAAUAGCUUCAAACCUGUUUUAGACUGUUUUGUGCUAACAUGCACUUCAAUGAAAAUUCCAAGACGAAGCAAGCUAAAACAAAAAAAGAAUCAGAUCGUUGGGUAAUAAUUUAUCCAAAAGCACACAAGGGGGAAAAGGCUAUUGCUAAGAAGAUAAAAGAGGCCCCAACUUUCAGUGAGUUGAUUAAACAAAUUAACUAUAUUAAUUAAUGAUUAGAUUAAAUUAUACAAACUACAAAUAAAUAUGAUUCAUAAUCACAAAUUACUAGUGAUGGGCGAUACCGAGUACUUGGUAAUCGAUACCAGCGAUACCAAGUCCAGCGGUAUCGGUAUCGAUUACUGACCUGGUAUCGUUCGAUACUUGCACCCCUUUUUCAGCGCGAUUUUAAUUUUUCUUAGAAUUUUUUUGUCAAACAAAAGACUAAAAUACCGUUAAAUUAAUCAUCAAAAUAGUGAGCCAAGUGAGGUAAAAAAAUUUUUGACUUGCUGUUGGUUUACUUAACACUUGCAGCUUUAUUUGGAUUACAUAAAGUAAAACAUUUUUUCCACUGACCAACAGUACUGACCAACAGUAAAUUCCCGCCAUUAUCUGAUUAUUGGCGCCAUAGGGCGCGUUAUUGUUUGUUAUUGUAAUUGUAUAUCAUAUUAGUAUUAUUUGCGAUGAAAAGGAGUGCUGCUUGGCGAUAUUUUGAUCAAGACGACGAAUCUGACAUAAGUAAAGUAUCUUGCACCAUUUGCGGGGAAGUUUUAAGCCGUGCAAACAACACGUCAAACUUGUUCAAGCAUUUGAAAUGUAAGCACAACUCGGAGUACAAAACCGUGGACGCAGAGAAGAAAGAACAGGAAAAAUCACAGGCAAAAAAAAGAAAGGCUACUCCAAAGCAGAUGACCAUGCAAUCGGCACUCGGAAGAGGAACAACUUACCCUAUCUCUUCGAAACGGUGGGGAGACAUAACAGAAUCAUUGGUAGGAAUGAUCGCCAAGGUAAGUGUAUCGUAAUUUUUAAACAAUAUAUUUUGUAAUACUUUCUGUAAUAAAUGGUAGUUAUAUUCAUUAUUAAUAUAUUACUUUACGCUGUAUUAUUUAAUAUUAUCUUAGCAUUGUAGUAUAAUAUUAUGUUCGUCUAUUGUUACUAUAUUACGACCAAUAAGGCAAUAUUGUUUUGCUGAUUAUUUUUAAUAGGACAUGCAGCCUCUUUCUGUUGUUGAGAAUGAAGGAUUCAUUAAAUUUUUUAAGGAGUUGGACCCGCGGUAUCAGCUACCUAGUCGUUCUACUAUCACAAGGUCACUACUUCCAAAAAAUUAUGAAAAACUAAAGGAUGCUGUAAAACGUGAACUGACGCAAGUAAAACAUGUUGCUCUGACAACAGAUCUGUGGACUUCUAAUCAAACUUUAAGUUAUCUCACUCUUACAUGCCACUACAUUGACCACGAAAUGCAAUUGUGUUCAAAGGUCCUUGAAACAUUGUACGUACAGAAGGACCACACUGCACCAAACCUUGCAGAAGAAUUGAAAAAUAUUGCAAAAGAGUGGGAGAUAACUCAAAAGAUCUGUUGCAUUAUCACAGAUAAUGCUGCUAACAUUGUAGCUGCUGUAAACUUGCUUGGAUGGCGUCAUCUGCCUUGCUUUGCGCAUACUCUUAACCUCAUUGUUCAGGAUUCUCUGAAAGCGGUCAGUUGACUAUCACGUCUUCAGCAGAAGUGCAAGGACAUUGUAACUUACUUUCAUCGCAGUACAAAAGCAACAGAGAAGCUGUUAUCUAUGCAGUCAUUAAAGCUGUUAUUAAAGCAGAACUGAAGCGUCAAUUGAAAAGAAGAUUUUCCCAACUAGAGUCUAAUCAUACUCUUUCGGCAUCAACUAUUUUAGAUCCGCGCUUCAAGAAAAUUGCUUUUUGCAGUGCUGAUACUGCUGAACGAACUAUAGAUAGAAUUUCAGCGGAAGCUUGUAACAUAAUCACGAAUGAUACUAAUGAAAGCGGCACAGCGAUGUCAGCGAGUACCACAACACAGAACAAUACAGAACAAUCUGCCCCUGAAAGUGAUUUGUGGGGGAGCUUCGAUAAGAAGGUUGCCGAGGCAUCUACACGCCGUUCCAGUUCAGUAGAAUCCACUGUAGAAAUAAGGCGAUAUGUACAAGAGAAGAAUAUUCCUCGUCAAGAAGAUCCGCUAGCAUGGUGGAAGAAGCACGCAUCAGCUUAUCCACACUUAGCUGAGCUAUUCAAGAAGUAUCUAUGCAUCCCGGCAACAUCAGUUCCAUCCGAAAGAGCGUUUUCAAAAGCUGGUGAAUUGGUUUCAAAGAAAAGGUCAAACCUAAAGCCCUCAAACAUUCACAUGCUUCUAUUUCUGAACAAUAAUAUGUAAACAGCACGACUGUAGUAAGAAAAAAAGUUUAUUUGUUGAAAUUCCUUACCGUUUUUGUUUAAUAACGUUAAAGUUUUGGAAUAAAAGAUAAGUGAGAAAAAAAUGGUGCACGGUAUCGAAAGUGACCGAUACCAGCAAUAUGAGUAAUCAUUUCCGGUAUCGAAAAUAGAAAUUUUGUGUUUAUUUUGGUAUCGAAAUAGGUAUCGGUAUCGACCGAUACCGAUCUUCAAAGUAUCGGUAUCGGUAUCGAAUUAAAAUUCCUGGUAUCGCCCAUCACUACAAAUUACAAGUUUACUCCACACAAGUACAGUUUAUAGUGUUUUGUAAACACAAAAAAGUUAUUUAAGCAUUCAAAAAUGUCCAGUCAUGCAGUCAUGAUAUGCAAACUCUACCCUUAUUUAACUUAUUUUUUUAUUAUGACCAUUCCAGCCAAUAUAAACAAUAUUAACAAUCAUGUGGCUUUACAACUUAGAGUAUUUUGUUUUAGUCAGUAAAAAAAACAUAACAAGGUUUACAAUAAAAUUCUCCAUUUUUAGGUUAUGUAAAACGCCAUCAGUCUGAAAGCUUAAAGCUACGGCAGAAGUUUCCAACACUAAAAAAGGCACGCCUAAAUGCGAUUGAUGUCCUACCUAAAGAACCACCCUCCCUUGUGGAUCAGUAUAAAAAAAACAACCCACCAGAAAGUAAAAAUUCUAUCAUUGCCAAGCGAUUCAGCAGGUUUACUAAACCAGCCUAUCCUGUGGAAGAUAAUGAUAUAUGUGAAUGUUCAGGAAAAUGUGCAACAAAAAGAUGUGGUUGCAAAGCAAGCAAGAGAUUGUGCUCUUCAAGUUGUAGUUGUACGAGGGAAAAAUGUUUAAACAAAUAG